AUGGACACCACGAGUCUUCGGCAUGUUAUCAACGAUCCAAACCAAUGUCGGCUAUGUAUGCGCGUCUGUGACGAUAGUUUUCUGGAGUACAUCUUUUCGGACAAAGAGUACAGCAUUGCACAUCAAAUAUUCGAAUGCACGUCGAUACGGGUCACGAAGCAGGAUAAUCUGACGAAGAUAUGCAAAAAUUGUGCUUCACUGCUGUUUCUGACGACGGAGUUUCGAAACGCGUGCUUCAAAACCAACCGGCUGCUGAUGGAAGACUUUGUCAUCAUGGAGCUGGGCGAUUGGGCAUCGGAUAGCAACCAGCUGCUGCUGAAGGAGUGUGAAAACAUUAUUAUUAAGCACAAACACCAGGUCGAUUACGUGUACGCCGGCAUCGUAACGGACAGCGAACAGUAUUUGGGCGGUCCACUUGAGAUCGGACGAGAGUUGUUCGGUUCCGAGCACGCACAGAUGUUGCAGCCUGUCCAGCGAGCGGACGGAUCGGAAACUGUUUGCGGGAUACCGGAGGAAGCGGGCGUAGUAAAUGGAGCGUCGGUACCGGAAGAGCCCGACCCGGAGAUACUGAUGGAAAUUUCGAAAUUUUUAGAAGAACAAAUUCCCAACGAUGGGCCACAGGGCUCUGACGGGCACGAGUUGUGGACCAACUAUCCGAGAACACGCGAAGAGCGGUGCACUCUGUGCUAUGGCGUGAGUGCGGCCGGCUCCGAGCCAACACAACCGCAGCUGGAAAUGUUGCGCGAGCAGAAACUGUUCGGGGUCAGCGUAGACGGCCAAGUUGCCUGCGAAAGUUGCUGUUUGUUGCUGGAUAUUAUGGAUAGUUUUCGGAAGACAAUUGCAACCGCUCAACGCGUGGCGAAGGAGGCAAUUUUUCGCUUACCACCAGUAGAAGGGCUGCCCGAGCACGCAAAGGCACUCUUGCAAACGAUCAGACUAAAACAGGAAGCGUACCGGCUGGAGCUGCACGUCGCUGUGGCAAACUCGCAGCCGAAAGGCAGGUCGCAAGGCAUUCGAAACCGAUCGUACAAACGGCCCAAAACAACUUGCCACAUUUGCGGGAAGCAGUAUGAUAACUGGAAGUUUCAGACACAUCUCAACGAACACGAAAAUGUUCGACCGUACGUGUGUGAUGAGAACGGAUGUGGAAGCGCUUUUACCGGAAUAGUCUUUUUGAAUCGACACAAAAAGCUGUGGCACACUGACUACUACUACGCGGUGUGCGGUGUUUGCGGAAAGCAGUGCAAAACCCAGGGCAUCUAUCAAACGCACAUCUCGUACCACGAGGAACCGAAGCUACCGUGCUCUGUGUGCGGAAAGCUGAUGCGAAAUAAGCGAGCGAUAUGGAAACAUAUGAAAACGCACAACAACGACCGGAAGCAUGUCUGCACGGUGUGCCAUAAGAAGUUCACUAUUGCAUACACGUUGCGUGUGCAUAUGCGUAUCCACACCAACGAAAAACCGUACCCAUGUGGCAAAUGCGACAAACGGUUUCAAUACAAGUGUUUGUUGAAAAACCACAAUCAAAAGCACCACGAGGAAGCAGGCGACUGA